GCUACCUGAGGGACACAGGGAGGGCUUUUGGAUACACCGCGCGUCUGGAUGUACCGACAAGGACGUUUAUAAUAACCUCGCAUAUGUGUAUUCGUCAUUGAGAAUAAGUUUUUAAUAUAAUAUUCGUCAUUUGCAUAUAGUAAUGGCAAGUGUAGGACUGGUCGUCAGCGCCCCGAACACAGACGAGAGAGCGGUGUUCACGCAGCUCAAACCCGUGCGGAUGUGUGGCGCGGAUGGCCCGGAGGAUUCGUCCGUGUUUGAGGACGUCAAACCCGCGGUUAGAAUCGCAACAAACGCUGUUGAAAUGGCUCAGACGCGGAUGGAGAUGGAGAAGUAUUUGCCCCAGAGCGGCCCGGUGCUGACCCUAAACAUGAUGGACAAGAAGUACCGGCGGGAAAGCGCCUCAGUGGUGGACGAGUAUUUUGCGGAUGAGAAGCCUGCGCCGUACAGUCUGAACAUCAACGUUAUCCUGCCCAACACCACACAUCUCCGCACGGGCCUGUACCGGCCCAACAAACCUGCGGCGCAUCCGAUCAAAACAGAGCCUGGCGUGGACGAGCCGUGCGGCGUCCAGGCGCUCCCCGAGUUCACCUCGGUCUUCAGCGUGCCCCAGACGGUCAACAGCCUCUUCAUCAAACCCGACAUGUCCGUGUCCGACGAGCUCCACAUCGGCCCUCAGCAGCCGUCCGUCUACCAGAUGCCCGUCAGCAGCGCCGACCUGACCUCCAUGACCUUCUCCCCGAGUCAGGCCAUGAACGGGGUGGGCUCGCCCGGCAGGACCAUGCUCAGCCUGAACACCGUGGCCUCCGGAGAGUUCGUGAUGCCCGAGCCGUUCUUCACCUCGCCGCAGCCGCACAGUCUGCCUCCGUCGCCUCCCAACUCGCAGCCCGGCAGUCCGGAGAACCAGCCGGACCUCAUCGCCUCGCCCCCCCCGCCGUACCAGGGCCGGAUGGGACUGAAGGUGGGCCAGAUGACCCCUCACUCCAUGCUCAUGGCCCACGGGCAGGGCAUCCUCACGGGACCCAGGUACAACCGGCGGAACAACCCGGAGCUGGAGAAGAGACGCAUCCACCACUGCGACUUCCCAGGAUGCACUAAAGUUUACACAAAGAGCUCUCACUUGAAAGCACACCAAAGGACUCACACAGGUGAGAAGCCGUACCGCUGCAGUUGGGAAGGAUGCGACUGGCGUUUCGCCCGCUCGGAUGAACUGACGCGGCAUUACCGCAAACACACCGGCGCCAAACCCUUCAAAUGCGUGGCCUGCAGCCGCUGCUUCUCGCGCUCGGACCACCUCGCCCUGCACAUGAAGCGCCACCAGAACUAGCGGACUUCACACACACUUUCAUUACAGUUUUAUUGUUCUAAAUAUUUCACAGCCGUUCACGUACACGAAGAUCAAACUACACGAAGAGGACUGGACGUCACAGCCCGGAUGUAUACUAAUGUACAGAUGUUUUGUAAGUGUUUAUGUCUGUAGAGUAAUGUGAAAAGAUGUUAUGAAUUUUAUACUUGACCUCCAUCCACUUUGACUCAAUUUGGAAAUGCUCCUUCGGGGCCGUAUAGUGUCUUCCAAAUAACUUGAAAUGUAAAGUUUGAUUUAUUAAUUCCAAGGUGAUAGUUAGUUAGUUGCUCAUCUUUGGCAGUGCUAGUCUAUACUAUUUAUGUGGAAUUUCCCACUGACGAGAAGUCGUUUGCUUUUGGCUAAGAUGCUGCGAUAAAGGAAGACAUGUUUGCUGUUCUCACAGUCGUGUCUCUUUAUGAGAUUGUAAAAGCGGCGCUCGGAUCAGUCGACUGUCCGACGUUUCGGCUCUUUGUGUGACUGAUGAAUGUGAAGAGGAGCUCACGAGAGCCGCUUUGACCACGUGUGCCAAACAGUUGAUGGUUUUAGAAAGGCGAGGAACAGUUUUGAAACAAUCCCUUUCUUUUCCCAAGAACAAAUGUUGUAUUUGUUGUGGACACCGUAGCAUUUGCUUUUGUAAAGUCUUAAAAGUUCUCCGGUUCCCUUCGUACACGUCCGGCUCUUAUGAAGGGAACUCUGACGGAUCAAACGGUACUGUACAUAUUCUGUUGUUAAAGUUUAACUACAUGUAAAUACGUUUCUCUUUGAAGCUGAUUGUUUUAUUAUGAACAAAUGGGAGUUUGCUGCAUUUGUCUUGAAUGUGGGGAAUUGAGUGUGUCGUAGUGAUCAGUUUCACAUUUUUAUGUAGUUUGAAUACAGAAUUUUGAAAAUAAAAGAAUAAUCACA